AUGGUCAACAAGAAAGUCAGCAUUGCAACGUGAGUUCUUUGUUUUCUUACUUGUUCCUUCUGUGUUUCAGAGUGAAUAAUUAUGUAGCUGUUUUUUUUUUUUGGCCCAGUAAACCAUGUCGUUUUCAAUUGAGACUUUCAAAACUUCAAUCAAUUCUUUCAGAAUGCCAGAUCCCGUUGUUCUCCCAACCAGUGAAGAAGCGACUCGCAGGUUGAAAAUUAAGAUGAUCGACCUAGACACCGAGAUCACAAAAUACAACUUACAGGUUAUAUAAUAUAGACUUUUUUUUUAUGUGGAAUCGUAUUUUUAGGCUCUUGACAGCAGUCGAAAAAUGGUGAUCGAGCUCGAAACUAUCAACGAGGAAGGUUUUCACACUUUGGCUGCACUUGAAGAACAAGACGGUUUGUUUUUUCCCACUAGCCUUGCAAAUUCGAUAUUUUUUGUCCUGUUUCUUCCAUUUUUCGUUGUGUACAUUGAGACUUGAAUUUUUAACUAGACAAAAUUGAACGUUUUCAGCCGUUUCUCUUAUGAACCGUUAUUUUCAGAGCAGCUCGACAAGAUAGAAGAAAAUUUAACACGUGUGAAUGCUGAUUUAAACGUCGUGAGCAGAAAUAUCCAUAAUAUGGAAGAGUUCUGCGGAUGCGGUUUCAAAACACUUCUUUGGUAAGCAUCAUUUAUCUUUCUCUAUCUUCUGUGAAUAAAAACAAAUCCUCAUUUGAGAUUCUGUUCUUUUCAAAAAUUUAUUUUAUAGCUCUUUGAGUUGAAAGAUGUAUUUUGAUGUUUCAGCUAUCCAUUCCGAUGUCUGCGAAAGAAUAAACGCAAUGUCGCAAAAGAAGAAGUCUUACAGUGAGCAUUGCUAAAUUUCGGCAAAUUCCAAUAUUUUCGUUUCAGAUCCAUGAAAAGCACUUCUGGAGGAGAAGUCGCCGUCACAUUCCGUCCAAGUAAACGACGAGAAUCAGCAGGCGACUUCAUGAAAAGGUUCCUGAUUUGUUCCUUUCCUUGUGCGACUUGUUAUCAUUUUUGACACUCUUUUAUGGCUUAUCGAUAUUUUCAAUGACGACAUUUCUUAGACUCACUUCGGACACGAUCGAAGAUGAACUGGAGAAAAAUUUGAUUCAAAUCGACCAGUCAUUGGAGUCGAUAAAGCACCUGGCCGUAGAUAUGCACGUUCAGCUGAAGAUCCAGGAACCCAAGUUGGAAAGAAUCGAGAAGAUGGUUAGUAUUUCUUUGAAGGUCAAUCUCAGAAGAUGAAAAUUGUGAAGAUCUCAGGGAAUGGGUGCAAAAUGAGAAGAAAAAUUGAUCAUAUUAUUAUAAAAUUUCGAAAACUCAUCGUCUUUCUGCAGGCUGAAAUCAACGAUGACGUGGUCGAUGGAGUCAACGAACGAGUGCGCAAACUGUUAUGA